UUCUUUGUUUUACUUCGGAUUUUAAUUAAUUUCUUUUCAUUUCCUAGUCCUGUACAGUACCGGCAGCCUUGUUGGGAGUGGGAUCUAAAAUAUCUCUAAUUUUCUGUCCACCUUUUUCAGAUUUUGUUUUUGUCUUCCAAGUUUUAAUCUUUUCAUGUUUUGAGCUGUUCUUUUCCAGUACUCUUUUUUUUUUUUUGGUCUCUCUGUGAAACCUAAAAUAGUGGCUUCUGGAACUGCCUUCCAUUAGUAUUCUUCCUCUGUUUAAUCUCCAUUUUGAGCCCAUUAUCUUCACUUUACAAUUUUUUUUUUCAUUUGUUUCUGCAGUUCAUUUGAUUUAUCAGCUGUUGACUUUGAUUGUCGUACACUUGUUGUAUCCUUUCCUUAUUUUUUGGUUUUGUUUUUUCAGAAGGGGAAAUGGUUAUUAUUAAGUUGUGUGUAAUGUCUACUUUUCAAGAAAUUUAUAAACAGCAUUAUCCAAAGUAGGAAUGGCUAAGGAGUACAGUGGAUCCCCAAAGCAUCACCAGCUGGAAGCAAAGAGGAAGCGGCUCUCUUGGAUCCUAGGGGUUAGUGGGCUUUGCAUUUUGUCUUACAUUUUUGGGGCUUGGCAGAAUACUCCUGCUCCCACCAAUCGAUCUGAGGCCUACAAUAGAGUCGGUUGUGAUGUACCUCCAGCAGGGAAUGGUGUACCCUUAUCAUCAUCAUCAUCAUCAUCAAAUACAUUGGACUUUCAAAGCCAUCAUCAAGUUGAGAUCAACAACUCUGGUGGAGUCCAGAAGUUCCCACCUUGUGAUAUGUCCUAUAGUGAAUACACUCCUUGCCAAGAUCCUGUAAGGGGAAGGAAAUUUGAUCGCACCAUGUUGAAAUACAGAGAGCGGCAUUGCCCUGCCAAGGAAGAGCUCCUCCAUUGCCAGAUACCUGCUCCACCAAAAUAUAAGACCCCUUUCAAAUGGCCUCAGAGUCGAGACUAUGCUUGGUACGACAAUAUUCCCCAUAGAGCGCUCAGCAUUGAGAAGGCUGUUCAGAAUUGGAUUCAAGUCGAGGGUGAUCGUUUCAGAUUCCCUGGAGGAGGCACCAUGUUCCCCCGUGGAGCUGAUGCUUAUAUUGAUGACAUUAACGAACUCAUUCCUCUCACAAGUGGAAGUAUCAGAACUGCCAUAGAUACUGGCUGUGGUGUAGCAAGUUGGGGUGCUUACCUGUUGAGGAGGGACAUCCUGGCAAUGUCUUUUGCACCAAGGGACACGCAUGAAGCACAGGUCCAGUUUGCAUUGGAGCGGGGAGUUCCAGCUAUGAUUGGCAUCAUGGCUUCUCAGAGGCUUCCAUACCCAGCUAGGGCUUUUGAUAUGGCUCACUGUUCCCGUUGCUUGAUACCUUGGUAUAAAUUUGAUGGUAUGUAUCUAAUUGAAGUGGACAGAGUUCUAAGGCCUGGUGGUUACUGGAUUCUUUCUGGCCCUCCUAUCCGCUGGAAGAGAUACUGGAGAGGAUGGGAAAGAACCCAAGAAGAUUUGAAACAAGAGCAAGAUGCAAUUGAGGGUGUUGCUAAGAGCCUUUGCUGGAAGAAAGUGAUUGAAAAAAAUGAUCUUGCAAUAUGGCAAAAGCCCAUCAACCACAUUGAAUGCAACAAGAGAAAGAAGGUUUAUAAAACACCACAUAUAUGCAAAUCGGACAAUCCAGACGCUGCUUGGUACAGAAAUAUGGAAACUUGCAUAACCCCACUACCAGAGGCAAGCAGCUCAGAUGAAGUUGCUGGUGGAGCUUUGGAGAAGUGGCCCCAGCGCGCUUUUGCCAUCCCUCCUAGAAUUAGCACUGGCUCAAUUCCAGGCAUUAGUGCUGAAAAUUUCCGAGAAGACAAUGAACUAUGGAAGGACAGGGUGACACAUUACAAGCGGAACCUACCCCUAGCACAGGGACGAUACAGGAAUAUAAUGGACAUGAAUGCCUACCUUGGUGGAUUUGCUGCAGCCUUGGUAAAGUAUCCUGUGUGGGUUAUGAAUGUGGUUCCUGCCAACUCGAACCAGGACACUCUAGGUGUAAUUUACGAACGAGGUUUCAUUGGGACAUACCAAGAUUGGUGUGAGGCAUUCUCAACAUAUCCAAGAACCUAUGAUCUCAUACAUGCAGGUGGUGUGUUCAGCAUAUAUCAGGACAGGUGUGACAUCUCCUACAUUCUGCUAGAAAUGGAUAGAAUUUUGAGGCCAGAAGGGACAGUUAUAUUUAGAGAUACAGUAGAGGUCCUUGUGAAGAUUAAGGCUAUAACAGAUGGGAUGAGAUGGAAGAGCCAGAUUAUGGACCAUGAAAGUGGACCCUUCAAUCCCGAGAAAAUUCUCGUUGCUGUCAAAAAUUACUGGACCGGUGAAGCUACACAAAAGAAAAACUAGUACAGAGCAUAGUGUAUUUUCCUUCUUCUUUUUUUCCCCUGCAGCUCCUGUCUCUCUCUGGCUUGCAGCUUUGGGAGUUCUGUUCUUCUUUGGGAAUUAUUAUGUUUUCUUAUUUUUGCAAAAUACUUUUCCUAUUAAUAGGGAAGAAAGGUUAGUUUUUUCUUAGUCAUCAUGAAUUUUGUUGACAUAGUCUGCAGGUUGGAUAUUGUUUCUUUUUAUCAUAAUGGUCAUUUUGUUCA